CCGGAAGUUGCGGCAAGCAGCGAGAGUCAGUGCAGUUGCUGUGGAGCGGCGGCUGUGACCGACCAUGUUACCCCUCUCCAUAAAGGACGAUGAGUACAAGCCGCCUCGACUUAACCUGCUGCGCAAGGUCUCGGGCUGGUUCAGGUCCAUCCUGUCGGAUUCCACGUCCCGGAACCUCUUCUUCUUUCUGAUGCUCAACCUGUCCUUCGCUUUCGUCGAGCUGCUGUAUGGGAUCUGGAGCAACAGUUUAGGUCUCAUUUCAGACUCGUUCCACAUGUUCUUCGACUGUACUGCCCUUCUGGCUGGACUAGCAGCAUCUGUGAUCUCCAGGUGGCGGUCAAAUGAUACCUUUUCCUAUGGAUAUGUACGAGCAGAAGUUUUGGCUGGAUUUGUAAAUGGAUUAUUUCUGAUCUUCACAGCCUUUUUUAUUUUCUCAGAAGGAAUAGAGAGAGCUCUGGAACCUCCUGAAGUGCAUCAUGACCGGCUGUUGUCUAUAUCUGUGCUUGGGUUUCUGGUGAAUUUGGUUGGCAUUUUUGUAUUUAAACAUGGUGGCCACGGACAUUCCCAUGAUGGUGGUCAUGGCCAUAGUCACUCGCUGUUUAACGGAGGAAUUCCUGGACUGAAUCAUGGACACAGUCAUGGAGAGCACGGGCACAGUCAUGGGCACAAAUCUUUACAUAGUCAUGAUCAUAGCCAUGGACAUGGGCAUUCCCAUUCUCAGGAGCACUAUUACAAAAGUUACCAGUGUGAUACACUAGAAGCAAAAGGAUCCAAUAAACAGAUUUUAGAAGGAGUUUUUCUGCAUAUUGUUGCAGACACACUUGGCAGUAUAGGUGUAAUAAUAUCUGCCCUUCUGAUGCAGAACUAUGGCCUUAUGAUAGCAGAUCCUAUCUGCUCUAUGUUGAUUUCCUCCCUUAUAGGAGUAAGUGUUAUUCCACUCUUAAAGCAAUCCAUUGGGAUUUUAAUGCAACGUACUCCUCCAGCUUUGGAUCACGUGCUGCCCCAGUGCUAUCAGCGGGUUCAACACUUGCAAGGAGUUUAUAGUAUAAUUGAUCCUCACUUUUGGACGUUGUGUAGUGAAGUCUACAUCGGUACAGUAAAGCUUUUGGUUGCUCCUGAUGCAGAUGCACGAUGGAUUUUGAGUCAAACACACAACAUUUUCACACAGGCAGGAGUAAGACAGCUUUAUGUUCAGAUUGACUUUGCAGCACUGUAAGAUUGUCUUAAAACACUUGGGUCCAAACCCCUGUUGCUGGGAUCAAUAAAUAGAUUUAACUGCUGUCGGGUUGCUGGAUUGAAACAUCACAAUACAGUGCGCUUGAUAUCAACUGAGAACUAUUUAUUUGCAAUCGUGGAAGGCUCUUCUCAAAAGAGCUGAGAAACAGUGAAGUAAUCUGCAUAAUCACCACCCACUAGAUCUGAAGCCACCUUUAUGUCUAGACCUGAAGUGUCUUAUUUCAUCUUGACUUUUAUCAAGGAAUUAUAGCCCAGUCAGCGUUCUGGUAUAUGAUGAGCCAAGCAUCGUGUAGGUAUAAUCCUGCAUCCUAACAGAUAUGUUUCCACAUUUCCUCCUAUUCCUGUUCUUGUAAAUAUUGCUGUCCUGACUAUCAUUCCACUCCAUAAUGAUUAUUUUCUAAUUAGUUGUACACUAUACAUGUUGAAUGAAAUGAACCAUAUUCAGUUUCUGAAGUGCCUUUUUCCAGUGGACAUGAAUUAAUAUUGGAAGCAUAGAGAGUGGAUACUGGACCCAUUGGGACACAUUUUAUAAUCAUUGACCAGUAGUGAGCAUCAUGGUGAUCAGCAUGAUUUUCAUGUAUUUUAAGUUUUCAUUUUGAAAUGAGGGGGUGUUGGGAUGUGAGCAAAUUUAUCCUUUUUUUUGUAAUGGUGGGAUAUGUGUAAUAUUUUCAACACCAUUAAUACUCGUGCUGUUCAUUAUAUGCUGACUGAUAUAAUGGAAUUCCACUUGCAUCAUGGCAAUUUUGCACAUGGAUGACUGUUUAUCCUGGAUUGGGCUGGGGUUGAUGGAUAGUGUGGCAGAAGACACAUGCACAGUGGAUCUGAUUAGAAAACAAAUAUUCUUAACAUAAAAUGUGAACAGUUUUUUGUUAAAAAUGUGUCCUCAUUCCUACUUGGACUCUGCAGGUGAUCUGCUCAUGGGUUAAGUUCAGUAAAACUACGGUUAUAAACAGUGAAAAUGAACUUUCUUAAUUGGUUCUACAAGGCAAAAUACUGCAGAUGCUGGAAAUCUGAAAUAUUAACAGAAACAAAAUACUGGAAAUACUCAACAGACCACAGCUUCUGUGCAUCAAGGAACCAUGAAUGUGUUAAGCUGGUGUCCUUUCAGAAACUGAGAAAGAUGCUGCUUGGCCUACUCAGAAUUUCCAGCCUUAUCUGUACACAUUUAUGAACUGCUUAGCUAACUUUAGAUUCAAAGAGGGAUUUUUUAAUAAUGCCAGAGGCUUGCCAGAAGGAAUGGGUGUGUUGUGAGUUGAUAUGUUUAGUGAAUGGUUUCUCAUUAAUGUUUAUGUUGGUCUAGUUUAAACCGGUAUUGUGGACCAACCAAGUGCAAAAUUUUGCCGUCAGCAGGAGAUUUGAUAACCUGAUUUCUCUUUCAGUAGAUUGUUACUAUACUGAGGCUGUGGGAGCACUGGUUCUAAUGGAACUUAACAGAAUUUAAUUUAUAAAGUAAUGAUGAGAAGACUAACGAUAAUCAGUGCCCAGAGUCGUCUUGCCUGUGUAUCAUUGACUUGAGUAUGUCAGAAUUCCACAAGUGAGUGUGGUUGCAUGAGGUGCAAAGCAAAAGACUGCAGCCUGCUGCUUGCAAUCUAGAAACCAGACACAGAUUUUGUUUUGUUUUAGCUGUUUUGACAAUGAGUGGAAUCAAUUCUGUAAAUUAUUGAAAUUCAUCUGGCAAUCAAAUGGUUUGGUGAAGUCAGCUGCAUAGGGAAAAUAAUUGGAAUAUGAAGCAGUAUCUUACAAUGGUUGCCAAACUGCAUUGUUCAAGGCAAAUGUUUACAGCUUAAAAACCUUUGUAUGAUUUUAAAUGUUUACACGCAAGCUGUAAUCACUUCCUGUGUGUCUGUGCAGGAUAGAUUAAUAGUACUGCACAGAUAUUCCCUUCUCCCUCCCGUGCCCAGACUCUCUGUUCUACAAUUUUGAUUUGCUUAAGUUCACAUCAUUGCAGGUUUCUGUCUCUCAAUUUACAUGCUUUCAGUGCUCACUUCCCACAAUGUGAGUAACCGUUUAUACAUGGCAGGUUUAUCUGAUAAACUUCAAUAAAUAAAUAUUUCUGCAUCAAAGCAAAAGUAUUUAUAUUGUUUUGAGAAGGAAUGGUCGCUAUUCUCUUUAAACAAAAUACUCACUCUGUUGGGUGCAGAAUGCAUUGUUGCUGCUUCUGGGAACGUUUUCAACAUUAAAUCAAAGAGGGUCUUUGUUCUGUAUCAAGUCUUUGCCUCUACCCAUAAAUUUAACUGGGCAUUUGAGGAGAAGAGAGUUGUAUUAUUUUGUUUUUUUAAAAAAAGGUUGUCAGACUGUAGAAGUUUUCUUUCAGUUUUGCAGCUUUGAACAGGAUUUUCUGAAAUCACACCUGAAGGUCUUGAGCUAUUCAGUUGUUUUUCAAGUUGAUUUUAAAAACAUUAUAGAUAAAUCUCUUGAAGAUCUGAAAAGAGAUUCAGUACAGUAUUUUAGUAAUUUGAAACAGACUUGUAAAUGUCACCAAAGCAAUUUGAAGUACGCACAACUAUGAAGUAAAGUCUCUACAGUAAAUUGUCUUUUCAAACAACUUGUCUGAUUUAUGGAAAUAUGCAUAAUAAA